CUGACGAUUGUUUGACAACUGAAGUUACAUCACUAGAUCGGCGUCGCGUUUGUUGUUUUUUAUUUUAUACGCUCGGGGGAAAAAACUUAACUUUAAAUCUGCAAUUAUAAAGGAAAUCCAAGUCAAAAAUAAAAAUUAAAGAAAGAAGAGUGGCGCCCAGUUGCAAUCGCAAGGUUGCUAACAAUUAAUUAGCAGCACAAAAUGGCAACCGAGACAGUUGGCAACUCGGAGAACUUUACGCUGGCAACAAAUAAUAAAAGUGACGAGGAUGUUGAUGUUGAUGUGAUUUGUCCCAGCUGCGAGGCGACAAUCAAGCGGAGUCAGGUGGCCGAUCACUGUCAGGUGGAAGUGGAGCGUUUGCACAGCAUGCAAUUGAGAUCGACAACAGAAGGAACAGCAACAACAACAACAACAGUGACUACAACAACCACAACUGGAUUACAAUCUCAGUCUGGCGGGGAAACUGGUCAGAGGAAGCCUUGGAGUGUGUUCCAGCGUGUGCAGCGCAAUCGACAGUCACGACAGCGUCAACGCACACGCAAACGUGCCACACCUCCUCCUCCGCCAGCUCAGCCCGCCUCCGCCUCCGCAGCCACAUCCGCUUUUGUUCCCGCUGCUGUUCCCACACCUGCACCCACUUCGACUCCUGCUGAGCUAAGCCGCACUUGUCCCGUUUGCAAUGUCAAUUUCCCCCAAUCCCAGAUCCAUGAGCAUGCCAAUGAGUGUCUGCGUCAGAAUGGACACAAUGGUGAGCAGCGUCCGUCCAGCGAGGAUGAGGAUGACAGCGAGGAGUACGAGGAAUACGAGUGGGCGGGACAGAAGCGCAUACGUGUCUCCAGCUUGGUGCAAGGCGGUUACAGUGCUCUCAACCUGGGACAGACCAUUAAAUAUCAUAAUGGACAGCAGAGCAAUGAGGAUGAGGAUGAUGUGAAUGUGGAUGAGGAUGAUACACACAUCUAUGGACCGACGCAAUAUGGUGAAGCGGAUGUCAUACCACUUUCCAGCGAGGAUAACAACGAGGAGGGAGGAGGAGGAGCUGAGGGAGUUACCUCGGCGGAUGUCACCAUGUAUGUGCGGCGACUGAUCUCCGCCAAUGAGACAGCUCAUCAGAAAAAUCAUCAUUCCAGCGCCGCAACGACUGAACCGAUGGAUGACCCAACCAGUCUGGAACCAUCCACAUCUCAAGCAUCCAGAAGCACUAAUAAUAAUCAACAACAAAUCAUUGAAUCCUUGAAAGCGCGUCUGCGUCUCUAUGAGAAACAAGCGCAGAGUAAAUUGAAAUGCUUGAUCUGCAUCGAUGAUUACAAGAAUCCCGCCAUUUCCGUAUCCUGCUGGCAUGUCCACUGCGAGCAGUGCUGGCUCCAGACACUCGGAGCACGCAAACUGUGCCCGCAGUGCAAUUCCAUAACCACGCCAAAGGAUUUGCGACGCAUUUACCUCUAGAUUAAGUUGAUAUCCAACACAAAAUUACUGUAACUUGUGUUAAAAUGUUGCAAAUGUAGCUUAUUACAUUAUUAUUGCAUUUCUUGUCGAAAUGUUUUUCCCCCUUUUUGUAGUAUUUUAAGUUGACAAAUCCCCAUAUUUAUACAGUUAAUUACAAAGAAUGCAGCUAUGAUUAUCAUACGUGACAUAACAAUAAGCAUAAUGUAACUUACAAUAAACAAUUACAGCAAUAAUCUUGAAUAAAUUGCUUUUCAAACAUUUA